ACGCGCGCGCUCGUGCACUCGCCAGCAUAUUGAAUGUUCAUGUACGGCAAAGAUACCAAUACGAAAUGACGACGACAGAAUAAGAAACCCACUUAUUUUUGUGAAUCACUGAUUUUAUUUACCUCUGUCGAUAUUUUCGUGUACACACAGUGACGGAAAGGACAAGGUUUUUGAAAAAAAAAAUGUUUGUUGCUUGGUUAAACAAUUCCAGGCUAUUACAGUUUUAAAACACUUGGCGUUCAAUAUCAAAAGUGUAUUUUUUGAAAAUUAUUUGUUACUUUGAAUCAGCAGCGGAUGAUUGUUUUUUUUUUGGCAUGCAUCCGAACGUUUUUCCAUACAUAUUCUAAAUUAGAUUAAUGAGAACAAGUGACUACAGCCAGAAAAAGAACGAAAACAAUAGCCAAAAUGAUAAUGUGACAGCAAAGUAAUAGGUCAUCGCAAUGAGUAAAAAAAGUGUUGUCAUAAAAUCGCAAUGUUUUAUUUAUUUAUUGUUUUGUUCAGUACAGUGUCAGUGAUGGUUUGCAAAUAAACAUAUGGUUUCAUUGGUACAUUAUAUUUGUUGCUCAUAAUUGCUUAUCUUCUGUUUCGAACACAAAGUGCGGAAACAUUCAUUUUAAACUUAUUAGAAAAGGAGUUAUCGAUAGAAAAUUUGAUUUGUUUUUUCCAUUAAUUCGGUGUCAUUUUGAAUGUUUGUAAUUUUUCGGGUGCCUGAAUAAACGAAACAUAUUGAAAAUUCGAUCAAUAUUCAUUGAAGUUGAGCAUGCUAAAACGCGAAAAUUACCUUAUAACAUUUUCAACAAAGUGAAAGUUGCACAAAGACACGACACGCAAUCAUGAUUAAUGCAUUUAAGAAAUUGACAUCGCGACAAGAUGCGCCAUCGCCAUCCGUGGCCAAUGCAACGGGAAAUGGUGCAAAUGCAACAUCGGCCCCACCAAAUGCGUCAUGUGUCCCGAUGUCCGGUUCAUUACAACGAAAAUUUGCCAAAGGCGUUCAAUACAACAUGAAAAUAAUAAUUAAAGGUGAUCGAAAUGUGGGCAAAUCAUGUUUAUUGGAGCGUUUACAGGGUCGCGGAUUCAUUGAAACGUACACACCGUCGGAGGAAAUAAAUGUGGCAUCGAUUCAAUGGUCAUUUAAAGCGACCGAAGAUGUCGUCAAAGUUGAAGUAUGGGAUGUUGUGGAUCGUGGUAAAGCAAGAGCACGACCAACUGGCUUGAAAAUUACAACCGGUGCACCAAUUCCCGAAACGCCAGCACUUGAUGCUGAAUUUUUAGAUGUAUACAAAGGAACGCAUGGCGUUAUUCUAAUGAUGGACAUUACCAAAAAUUGGACAUUUGAAUAUGCAUCGAAGGAACUUCCAAAAAUUCCUGGUGACAUUCCAGUUUUGUUAUUGGGAAAUCAUUGUGACAUGAGUCAUCAUCGGGUCAUUACACCCGGUCAAGCGGACGGACUUAUCGAAGGAUUGGGAACGCGUUCGGCACAAGUAUUAUACGGUGAAAGUUCGAUGCGAAAUGGUUUUGGUCUUCGUUUAUUGCAUAAAUUUUUCAGCCUACCGUUUCUUCAAUUGCAACGCGAAACAUUGACAGCACUAUUAAAUCGGAAUAAACGUGACACCGAAGUGUGUAGUCUUGAAUUAAAUGAAUUUCUUAGUUCCCCUGAUUCCGAUUACAAUACAUUUUUGGAAAAUUUAAUGAAUAAACGACGCCAGAUAGCCGAUUCAAAUCCAAAGAAUUUAACGCAUUUUUCGGGUAAUUCAAUGAGUUCUUCCACUGUCACAAAUAGCACACCGUCGCCAAUCAAUUCGAGUCACGUAAAUCCAGAGUUGCGCGCAACAAAAAGUAUUAUUAUUGGUGCUGGCCAACCGAUCAUUGUGCCUGGCAUUCAGCGUGGCACAUUGCCUGCUGACAGUCGAACGAGCACAAAUCCAGUCAUCAAAUCAAAUGUUAUAUCGCCCUUAGCAACCACCAAAGAGGUUACAAUUGCAGCAGAGUCUCAAUUGCGUGUUGACAAUAAAGUAACAAGUGUCGAAGAAUUUUGUCCGGAUGGUGGUGCAUUGGACAAAGGAUUUUUGGAUGAUUUGCCGUCAAUUGUAUCAAACACAGAUGCACGGCCAGUUGAUCCAAAUUGUGAUUCAGAUAGUGAUAGCAAUGAUACGGGAAAUCCGCUUGUCGCUAAAUUCCACGAUGAUCCAUUCGACGAUGAUGUUACAAUUUCAAAAGGUUCAUUAAAAUCGCAAACAUCGACUGUUGCAAAGUCAGAGCCCAAAGUCAAUCCAUUGGCCAAGAAUAAGAAUAAAGGUUUAAUGCCACACGUUAAUUUAGAUUUGGCACUAACAUCGAAACGACGUAGUUCAAAUUCAAGUGAUGAAAUUGAGAUUCCGCAUAUACUAAAAACCAAGUCAAACGAUAACAACAGUCUGGACGGCCAUUCGAAUGAAGAAUUUGAUAGUUGGCUAUCAGAUACAAAUCAACGGCGUUCACCAGAAGGUGGUGAGGAUGAGGCGUCAUUGCCAAGCAUUGAUAAGUCUAUUCAAAAUGCAACGGUAGCUGCCAUCGUCUCUAGUGAAGCAGAGAAAAUCGAACGACCGCAUUUGGACGAUGAGUGUGGCGACGGUGAUGAUGAUGGCGAAAAACCGGCGAAAGAAAAACGUGACAAGAGCAAAAAGAAGAACAAGAAAGAGAAAAAGGAUAAAAAGGAUAAGGGCGACAAGGAGAAGAAAAAAAGUAGCAAAUCCAAAAAAUCAACGGCCGAUGAUUUACUAUCCGGAGAUCAUCACAACCAAUCCGAAUUGAAUGCAACCGAUGAUAGUCUAUACGAAGCCUUGUAAAUUGCUCUAUUUCAUUUGAUGUUCUUGUAUUUUUGGUUCUACAUGUUUUUUUUUUUCAUUGAUGCAAACGACGUUGAAUAUAUAUAUAUAAAUAUAUUGAAAAUUUAUCCAAAUAUAAAGAAUCUAUUUUACAUCUACAAAAUAUUCAAAGAAAACAAAUAAUAAAAUUUUAAAAGUAGACCGGUCCAUAAAUUUUUUGUUGUUUCAAGU